AUGGCGGAAAUCCGUCGCAAGUUGGUCAUUGUUGGUGACGGUGCUUGUGGAAAGACCUGUCUCCUCAUCGUCUUCUCCAAGGGUACUUUCCCAGAGGUCUACGUCCCAACCGUCUUCGAGAACUAUGUCGCCGAUGUUGAGGUGGACGGCAAACACGUUGAACUAGCGCUAUGGGAUACGGCUGGCCAGGAAGACUAUGACCGCCUGCGACCUCUUUCAUACCCAGACUCCCACGUCAUCCUCAUCUGCUUCGCCAUCGACUCGCCAGACUCCCUCGACAACGUGCAAGAGAAGUGGAUCUCAGAAGUCCUACAUUUCUGCCAGGGCCUUCCCAUCAUCCUCGUGGGCUGCAAGAAGGAUCUCAGAUACGACCAGAAGACGAUUGAAGAGCUGCACAAGACCUCGCAGAAGCCAGUGACCCCCGAGCAGGCCGAAGACGUCCGCAAGAAGAUUGGCGCUCAGAAAUACCUCGAGUGUUCUGCCAAGACGAACGAAGGCGUCAGGGAAGUGUUCGAGCACGCCACGCGCGCAGCACUGCUCACGCGAAAGAAGAAGGAGAAGAAGUGCUCGAUCCUGUAA